UCCCAGAUCCUGAAGAUGAGCUCGAGACGGCAGUCAAGGGCGCCUCCGCGCCAGCUACCAGAUACCUUCAGAAUAUUUAACACUGGAUUCCCAGAAAGAAAUAACAUAUUAGUGAAGAUCCAAGACAAAUGUACACCAAACAAGCAACAGCAUCCGCGCAUACUGGAGUGGCGUAAUAACCCUCAACCAAUACAUGCAAAAUGCAUUAAGACCAACCCCAAGUUUUUAAAUGAGCCAAUAUUAUACAUGGACACGGAAGACACAAAAACAAAGCAGGAUCGUUGGUGGCCGAGCAUCGAACCCUUUGUGCAGCGUCCUCUGCCACCUUAUGACAAGCAAAGCACACAAAGACAUGACUUCCAGAAACCAAGCUGUAGAUUGUCUCGGCCCAUUAAGUACAGCAGUAAGCUGCAACCUUCCCGUGGAAUAGUUCCGCUUGCAUCUCCUCAGCCGUGUCCCAGCCUCCCAAGAAUUUUCCAAGAGCAGCUUACGUUCAAACAUUACUAUGAUUCCAGAGUGACUCCCUGUGUCCCCUAUCAAGGAAAGAAACACGGCAGUUUUGUGUGGACAGAGAUAAAACCAGCGAGGGGGACGACAGUUCCUGAGGGAACCGAAGGCCUGCCGUGCACACAGGGGUCGGGCUUUUUGGAACAGUCAAAACCAGGGAAAGGAAACUCAGUGGAAAACGGCAUGACCUCAGCCUGCCUUCAGCUGCCGGGUUCCCAGGAGACAGUACCAGACUCUGACACAUACUUAUCAAAACCAGGCCUCAGCGUGGGCGCCGAGGCAGACCCUAGAGCCCCCGAGAAGGGCCAGGAGAGCCCGGAGAUUUCUCAGACAGACAAAAUGGAUGCUAGCCCCCCACUUGAGGAGAGGCCUUCCAGCCCACCGAAGAAGGGUGCUCUCGAUAAACCGCAGGACCGGUUUCCUCCUGUUCAUAAAACGGCACAAUCGCCAAUUGAAAUUCAAAUGGCCUAG